GUCCCCACGGCGCUUCGUAAUCUCAAGGAUGCCGAGCCGCGGGGACACCUCCUAACUUGUGCCAUGAUUGACAACGAGGACCAAGAACCCAUAGUGUUUUCGGCAUCGCGCGAACCCCCGAAGGUCGCAAAGCGUCUAAAGUGGAAGUUCGACCUCCAUACUGGCAGGUUUUUUCAUGGGCUUCGAAGGGUUCUGAGCCCCUGGGAAGGCGGGGCAGAGACUGCCACUGCGGUCGUGGAUGCCGUGAGUCCCCAGUCCAGUGGAGUUGUUUGAGCUUCCGGACAUAUCAGGCUUCGCCACGCCGGCUGCGACGAACCAGAAUGCGAAGGAAAUGGGUGGAGGGCCUGAAAGGCUCCCAGGACCUGGAAAUCUUGGAGCCGGAUGGGGGGAACCCGGAGAGUGGGCAGUGCGGUACCCUCGCUCUCGGCACCGUGCGCGCCAACUGGCUCUGGGGAGCCGCCCAGCGUGGGACGGAGCUCGAGCUGGCACGGACGAACGAGGCCAUCGCGCUCGGCAACGCCCUGGGCGAUGGCGGUGCCGUGGCGCUCGCCAGGGCAGUGCCCUCGGGGAGCCUCCAGAGCCUCCGGCACCUGAGCCUGGACCAGUGCGGCAUCACGGACGCGGGCGCGGGGGCGCUCGCCGCGGCGAUGCUGGACGCGACGGGAGGGCUGCGGCGUCUCGUGGCCCUCGGCCUGGAGGGCAACGACAUCGGGGACGAGGGCGCGAUGGCCAUCGCGGCCGCCCUCGGGAGCCGCGGCGCCGCCCGGCUGCAGUACCUGGACCUCGAGGGCAACCGCAUCGGGGACGGCGGCGCGCAGGCGCUGGCGGAGGCGCUGGCGGCUGCGCCGGAGCUCCGGGAGCUGUGG